AUGUGUGUGCAUCCACCGGGGCACUUUGUGUUGCCUCACAGAGUGACUGAGGAUGUGGUUUUGAAUGGUUAUUUGGUGCCUAAAACUGGGGUGGUGAAUUUUUUGGUGGCAGAAAUGGGAUGGGAUUCUCGUGUUUGGGAGGAUCCAAUGGAGUUUAAACCGGAGAGGUUUUUGAAGGAUGAAACAUUUGAUAUUACAGGUAAAAAAGAGAUAAAGAUGAUGCCGUUUGGUGCUGGGAGGAGAAUUUGUCCUGGAUAUACUUUAGCUUUGCUUCAUUUGGAAUAUUUUGUUGCUAAUUUGGUUUGGAAUUUUGAUUGGAAGGUUCCAGAAGGUGGAGAUGUUGAUUUAUCGGAAACAUCAGAAUUCACUGUGGUGAUGACAAAUCCAUUGAAGGUUCAUAUUUCUCUUAGAAUGUAGAUUCACUGUGUAAGUGCAAGUUCAACCAUAUCCUUGGAGUAUGUAUGUUGCUUUAUUCAGUUGUUAGUGAAAGUAAAAUGUGUCUACAACUUUGUGUAAACCAUUCUAGAUUCUGUUCUUGGCUUUGUAAUAAAGUAUAUGAUGCAGAUUAUGGUGGUAGACUAGGAAUGUAUGUCCUAGUUGAGACAGGGAAAUCAUGUUAUGCAUCCUCACUAAACAGUUGUAUCUACUUGAUUAACAUCACUGUUCUUUUGUUCUGAGAUUGUAAAAAAACCAUUAAGUCCCACAUUGCUUAAGUAAAAGGAGGUUAAGUUAUUUAUAAAUUAUAA